GCCGCUCAUCUGCCGCCGGACUCGGCCAUGAGCUAGCCAAGCGAGCUGGGGUGUUGGGAUCGGCUCCCGAAGCAGGGACGCCUGUGCCUCGGUAGGCUGUUCUGCUGCGAUCGGUCUCCUCGAAGUGCGUGGCGCGGUGGGUGGCGUGUGUCUUUCGCGCAGUCGCUUUGGAUUUUCGGUAGGUUGCUCCCGGCCCCUGGAGAGUCGUCGGGCGGGGCUUGCGUCGGAAGUCUUGCUGCGGAUAGCAUGGCUGCCCGCGCGGGUCGGUCCCACCUACCGCGGCUCCCGCGCUCGCUUUUCGCGAUGGGUGCUAGAGCUUGCUGGGCUUCUUGGCUCCUCGGUUCGGAUCUUCCGCCUUGGCUGCGUUUGUGGGAUCGGUCGGGCAUUGCUGGUGGGGUUGUGGCCUUCUGGCUCUUCGGGGGAGGGACUGCAUUCGGCAGCAGAUGGGGCUUCUGGUGGUUGCGACGCGUUUGCGCCUCUGUGGGCUUGCGACUGCGUGUCCUCGGGCUGUCUGCUGGUGUCGUGUUUAGGUGCGUGCUGUUGGUCUCCAGCUUGUGUCUAGGUGUUGCGGUCGGCUGCCGUUCGUUCCCGUGGUUGGUGUCUGUUUCUGCGGCUGUCUUUUGGGCUUCUGUUGCUUUGGUUUCGCCGUUACUCCAUUUGCGGGGGCUUACAUGCGGGGGCGCCUGGUGCUUUUCGUGUCGUCAGCCUUAGAAAUUAGAAAAGUUCUAGCAUUUUUAGCGAUUUAGGUUGGCCGAAGUGGUCUGGCUGAUGAACGCGAGCCGCGUCGCCUACCUUGCGAGUGCGAGUCUGUCAUGCCUGGCGAGGGAGUGGGAGUCGCGUCGGGUGAGGGAGUGUGAGCUUUGUCUGACGAGAGGGCGCGGGCCGCGGCGUGUGGGUGCGGGCUUCUCGGUCGUGUCUUUCCGUUAGUGUCUUGCGGGUGUGGGAGGGCUUCCUAUUGGCGUCUUGUGUGUUUGCCGUUGCCUCUCAUGUCCUCGCCGUUCUGGGUAGUGUGGCGCGCGUCUGGUGUGUAUGGUUGCGCCUGGCGAGUCGUGUGGGCGCGUCCGUCGCGUCUGGCAAUAAUUUUGCGUGGCUUCCUUAGCGGCGGCGUGGCUUCCAGAUAGGUGCGCAGCGGCUUAUAAUGCGCAUCGGCGCAACAAAGUCAAGGGGCCCCGCGUUGUGGUGCGGGUCGCUUGCUUUGUAUAGUUGUUUGCCUUACAGCUAGUGGGCUGAACUGGGCGGGGGGACUGGCAAAAAGGGGCCUGGAAUUGCUGAAAAGGUGCCCCGCAUUACGAAAAAGAACCGCGGGGCCCUGGGAUUGCUAAAGGGAUCCAUGGCGCCCGGGGGUUGGUACCUAAAGAGAGCAGUCGCGAUUGCUAAGAGGAGGGCUCUCGACUGC